UCCAGCCCCACCUUCCAUCCAGAUCCAUCCAUCCCCACUCCCUCAGAAACCAUCGACGUUACCCCAAAAAUCGCCUCUGCUCCCUCCGCUCCCAGAAAUUGACGCCACCAAUUUCUUCCCCCUAUUCGGAUUCCGGUCAUGGAGAUGCUACUGCCACCACCGAUGAACUCCUCCUCCCAGUCGCGGCGAAUCAAGCGACCCCGAUGAAAAAUCGAGCUCCCCGGCGACGGAUCGACCUGCCACGAUGGCGGAUUGAGCGGCCUCACCUCUCCUCACCGGAUCCAGCCAGUGUCGUGGCCAUCUUCGAGCUCGAGCUGCAUGCCUCCGUGCGACAGCGGCGGUGGAUCGGACAAGGGUGACGCGGAUCUGUCGGCCUCCACCCCAGAUGAGCGAUUUUCCACUCUACCGGAUUGAGUGUAUAUUUGGCUUUGUCUUUUAUCUGACUGGAUUUCUCUUCUUUUUCUUCUUAAUUAGGAUUCAAUUGUUCUUACCAUAAAGAUGUUUUUAGGCCCGAUUUGGUUAGGUUUUGGGGGAAUUUUGGGUUAAACUCUAUCGGUUUUCUAUAGGAGAGACGGGGAUAGAUUCGGUCGGUUUCUUUAGGAGGGACGGACAGAGGAAGUGCGGAGGGCGGAGGGGAUCGUGAACAAAGGGGACGCUCCACCAAAAUGUCUUAAAAGAUCCCUCCAUUGUAAGUCAUUUUUACCAUUUCUAGAGAUAAAAUAUUUUAAUAAAAAAUGAAAAUAAAAAAAAUCCAAAGAAUUCCAUCGUAAAUCCACCUGCCGCUCUUUCUCUACUGGUAGAGAAUACCGAGCCCAUAAUUUCGUUUUAGCUAUCUGGGCCAUGAGAAAGCCCAUCUAGCCCAACUGGAACCGCACAAGAGGAUUAGGGUUUCGCUCUCUCAACCCACAUGCCCCCUAUUUAAAUAGCUCCUCCAAGCCGCCGUCAAUCCAUCGUCUCGCCUCCCCCGCACUGCUCCGCCUCCAUUGCUUCGCGUCUCGUAUUUGGAUCUUCCUUCUGUCCAUGGUGAAUCUUCCAUCGGUUCUUGCCUUGUCUGAUCUGUUUUUCCAUUUUUUGUGUUGUUUCAGUCAGUCAGGCAACUUGUUUAUGUGAUUUCUUUCGUUUGCCAUUGAGCCGAAACGAGUUGCUGAUCUGGGUAGAUUUUGGAUGUGUUGGGUUUCUUGUAGUAUUUGGAAUUGGUUGGUCCGAGUUGGGGUUGUAGGAAUCAUCAGGAAGAAAGCCAAUUUGCAGAGCAAAGGGGCCAGAUGCAGUGGCUAUCUUUGCAUUGAAGGUUGGCGACAACGAACAAACGCAGUUCUCCGUGCCGCUCAGAUUUUCUCUGUUUUGUGACGGCCUCGAACAAGCUGCUACAUCCACUUUCUUGAUUGUAUCUUUUGUUUUGAUUGGGUCUUGAUUUUGGGCUCAGAUUUAUGGCCAGAGCAAUCUUUUGUUUUGAUUGGGUCUUGAUUUUGGGCUCAGAUUUAUGGCCAGAGCAAUUUUGUCUUUUUUUUUUUGCUGAUUUAGGCUUUUGGAUUGUUUGAGAUUGGAUCUCACUUGCAAGAACCGCCGCUAUAUCUCUAUGAAGUACUUCGUUUGUUUUUUUGUUCGCAUUUUCAAAUCGACAACUGUUAAUUUAUAGUGAGAAAUAAAUUUAUAUCGUUUUGAAAACUCGUAAUUGGCGAUGUCGAACAAAAUGUAAAAUAGAGAUAACUACUGAAAUAAUCAACGCUCACCUCUCGAUUAAGACUCAGUUCGGUCAUAUUACCGCGGCAAGAAAUGGCCCGUUGAACCAACGAACGAAUGACCUUUCUAUUUAAUACAGGUUGGAACGACACGAGCAGAUGAGUCAACCUGGUAAAAUUAUGCGAAGUCAGGAUUAACUGAUGUCUAAUCUUCUUUAAAAGACAAUCUUCAAAAUCUUUUAUUCAACUGAUGUCUAAUCUUCUUUAAAGACAAUCUUCAAAAUUUUUUAUUCAAUGGGAUGCACAAUUCUAAAGAUGUAAAUUGAUUUGGUUUUAAAAGUUAGGGGACUUGUGCACGGGUGUACGAUUGAUGGAUGCGAAUGAAACUUAAGGGGACUUUUCCUCCAAAAAAUCGAGCAAGGAGCUUGUCAGAGUCGUGGCCCAUUACGCUGGGAGGCCCAUUUACAUAGCUCAGUAAGGGAGGAUCGUUUACGAAUGAAAUAAGUUCAUCCCAGGUCUCUUAACUUUAUACCGAAUCCGAUUUUCAUCCUUCAAUCCUAAAACCAGAUACGUCCCUAAACUGUCAAAACCAGUGCAAACGAGGUCCUUCAGCGGUUUGGAAAACGGUUUUGGUUGAUGUGGCUCCAACGUGGUUGGUUUGACUUGGUCUUUGUUCCAUUUGGCAUUUGAUAUGGCACUUAGAGCAUGCCCAACAGCUUCCUUUUUCAAUUCCCUAUCCUGUGAUUUAGGGAAUUUUGAUCAAGAAACAGAUCCAACAGAUUCUCUAACUAAUAUCCCAAUAUCUCUGGUUCCUCAGUCCGCAUAUAUCGUUCCUCACAAACAGGGAAGCGAUUUUGUUCCCAAUAUUUCCUCGUCGGUCUCUCUCGCGCGCAAAGCAGUCUCUCGCGCGCGCAAAGGGAAAAUGUUCCCGCGCACUUCUCCGCGCCCUCGCUCCUCAGCGGCGAAGCCUUCUCCGCGCCCUCGCUCCUCGGCGGCUACACCUUCUUCCUCGGUGGGGGCACCCUCUUCCUCGGCGGCGGCGUCCUCUUCAUCGGCGGCAGCUCCCUUUUCCCUUUUGCAAGGCACGGGGCGUGGUGUCCCGAUGACGGCCGGAGGUAUGCCGUUUCCGCGGUACGGCGAGUUCUGGCCCGGCGGCCAUCCGUGCCCUCCACCACCGCCUGGCGGCCAUCCGCGCCCCACACCGCCGCCCGGCGGCCAUGCGCGGCCCCCACCGCCGCCCGGCGGCCAUGCGCGCCCCCCACCGCCGCCCGCCGGCCAUGCGCGCCCUCCACAACGCUACUCCGGUUUUCAGGCAUCCGAGGCCAUGGAGAAGCUGACAUCUAGCGAGCCAUUGGAUCCCCUCUCACACGAAGCUUCUAUCGGCAGUUCCUCCAGAGUAUGGACUGUAGGUGACGAAGAAUUCCUCCACAUGAACAAUUUCGAUGAUAUGGAGCGAGAGCGAUAUUACACAAACUUGAUCAAUGAUGAGAGCAACCAUUUUGGCUCGAGUGAGAUGGGAAGCCAGUAUGAUGAUGAACAAGAACCAGUUGUGAAUGAAAAUGUUGCUGUGAGACCGAACCAAAAAAGAUCAAAAAAUUUCAGUUUGGAGGAGGACAAUCUUUUGGUGUCGGCGUGGAUAAAUGUUUCUUUCGAUCCGGUUCAAGGGACGGAUCAAUCUCACGGUACAUAUUGGGGACGUAUUCAUGACUACUUUCAUCAGAACAAGGAAUUCGAAUCAGAUCGCUCCCAAAGUUCACUUGUACAUCGUUGGUCCACUAUACAAGAACAUGUCAAUAAGUAUUGUGGUUUCUUAAGUCAGAUUCAGAAUCGAAAUCAGAGUGGUGUCAAUCAUGAGGACAUGCAUGUGCAAGCAAGCCUGAUGUACAAGAAGAAAGAGGAAAAGAAGUUUCAGUUCAUGCAUUGCUACAACAUUUUAAAGAAUCUGCCAAAGUGGGAUGAUAAGCGGAAUCAGCUGGCAGCUAGUAAAACUUCAAGCAAGAAGCAGAAGAAGACCGCCAAUGAUUCUCCUGCGAUAUCUACUCCUGCAUGUAAUGUUGAUGAGAAUAGGGCUGCUGAUCCUGAGAAUACAGUAGGUGAGGGAAGACCCAUGGGGAGGAAGAAGGCGAAACAACAGAUGCGCGAACGCUCGGAUCUAUCACGGAAAGAGUCCUUAGACUAUCUAUGGGAUAAGAAGAAAGAGGCCGAUGCGGAGAAGGAGCGAAAGUUUGAGGAGAGGUACCAAAUUGCUUUUGCACUUGAGCAAAAGCGGAUUGAUUUGGAGAGAGACAAGUUCGAGUUCAAGAGAAUGACAAAAGAAGAUAAGCUUUUGAGGACUGAUACUAGUGCAAUGAGCAUCGAGGAGCAGGAGUACUAUAAAAAUGUGAAGAAUCAAAUUCUAAGUCGUCGUUCAGCUCAAGCAUAAAUUAGUCUUAUUACUCAUCAAUUAGCAUUCAAAAUUUGUUAGAUCUUUAGCUAUAGAGUCUACUUAAUGGACUAGUAAAUUUUACUAUCUUGUUUUGGUACUGUUUUAUGUAGCCGGAGCAUUUGCUACUACUACAAAAUUGCUGGAAAUUGUUUUUUUGUUCAAAAUUGCUGGAAA